AUGCCAGACGCCAAAUUUGCGGAAAACCCGAAAGUGGAGGCGUUUUUACGUGGUCCUGAUUUUAUCAUGAAGGUGACGAAGGGAAUGCAGAAAUUCAAGAGCUUCCAAGAUGCUAACAAUUAUGCAGCUAAAUGGACACGCGAAGACCAAGUGAAUGCCUCGUUCGAGACGGAAGCAAGUUCGAUGAAUGCUGAUGCUGUUGUGACUAUCACGAAAACGCGCAAAUGGUUUGAGGAACGUCAGCGCAGAUUACUGGCAUACAAAGCAGAGCUAAACCGGCUGCAGGAACACUGCGAAGGACACUGCGAAGGAGACACCAAUGGUGGCGACGAGAAGCGCGUUCGUCUUGAGUAG